AUGUUUGGUGGAAACGAUGAAUUUAUUGAUCAAAAUGUGAAUAGUAAUGAUGGAAAAGAAGAAUAUGAUAUUGAUGACUCAGAUGAGAUAACUCAAGAAGAUGCAUGGGCAGUGAUCAGUGCAUAUUUUGAAGACAAGGGUUUGGUUAGACAACAGCUGGAUUCAUUCGACGAGUUCAUACAAAACACCAUGCAAGAAAUUGUUGAUGAAUCUGCUGAUAUCGAAAUCCGACCUGAGAGUCAGCAUAACCCCGGCAGACAAUCUGAUUUUGUUGAGACUGUUUAUAGGAUAAGCUUUGGCCAAAUAUACCUGAGUAAGCCGAUGAUGACAGAAUCAGAUGGUGAGACUGCUACCUUAUUUCCUAAGGCUGCAAGACUGAGGAACUUGACAUACUCUUCACCACUAUAUGUGGAUGUUACUAAAAGAGUCAUAAGAAAAGGGCAUGACUGUGAAGAAGUUACUGAGGCUCAGGAGUUUACCAAAGUUUUUAUUGGGAAGGUUCCAAUCAUGCUACGGUCAAGUUAUUGUAGCUUGUUUCAGAAACCGGAGAAAGAUUUAAAUGAGCUUGGAGAGUGUCCAUUUGAUCAAGGAGGAUACUUCAUAAUUAAUGGGAGUGAAAAGGUCCUGAUUGCACAAGAAAAGAUGAGCACUAACCAUGUUUAUGUAUUUAAGAAAAGGCAGCCAAAUAAAUAUGCUUAUGUAGCUGAAGUUCGGUCUAUAGCUGAAUCACAAAACAAGUCACCUAGUAGCAUGUUUGUCAGGAUGCUUUCUAGGACCAGUGCCAGAGGGGGUUCGUCAGGGCAGUAUAUACGUGCUACCCUCCCAUACAUAAGAACAGAAAUUCCCAUAAUAAUCGUCUUUCGAGCAUUAGGUUUUGUUGCUGACAAAGACAUACUAGAGCACAUUUGUUAUGAUUUUUCUGACAUGCAAAUGAUGGAACUACUUCGGCCUUCCUUAGAAGAGGCAUUUGUGAUUCAAAAUCAACAAGUUGCACUUGACUACAUUGGCAAAAGAGGUUCCACGGUGGGAGUCACGCGAGAUAAAAGAAUUAAGUAUGCCAAAGAAAUCCUCCAGAGGGAAAUGCUUCCACAUGUUGGUACUGGGGAGUUCUGUGAAACUAAGAAAGCUUAUUAUUUUGGAUACAUCAUCCAUCGGCUUUUACUUUGUGUCCUUGGCCGAAGACCUGAAGAUGAUAGGGAUCACUAUGCUAACAAGAGGCUGGACCUUGCUGGUCCUUUACUUGGAGGCUUAUUUCGAAUGCUCUUCAGAAAGUUAACAAGGGAUGUCAGAUCCUAUAUUCAAAAGUGUGUUGAUAAUGGAAAGGAUGUAAAUCUUCAAUUUGCAAUCAAAGCAAAAACAAUCACAAGUGGACUCAAGUACUCUCUUGCUACUGGGAACUGGGGGCAAGCAAAUGCAGCUGGUACAAGAGCAGGAGUUUCUCAGGUAUUAAAUCGCUUGACAUACGCAUCAACUCUAUCCCAUUUGAGGAGACUGAACUCACCAAUUGGAAGAGAGGGAAAAUUGGCAAAACCCAGACAGUUGCAUAACUCUCACUGGGGAAUGAUGUGUCCUGCAGAAACACCUGAAGGACAAGCCUGUGGACUAGUAAAGAACCUUGCACUCAUGGUAUACAUAACAGUAGGAUCAGCAGCAAAUCCUAUUCUAGAGUUUUUGGAGGAAUGGAGCACAGAGAAUUUUGAGGAAAUUUCUCCAGCGGUUAUUCCUCAAGCCACCAAAAUUUUUGUAAAUGGUUGUUGGGUUGGCAUUCACCGGAAUCCUGAGCUGUUAGUAAGGACUUUAAGACAAUUGAGAAGACAGGUUGAUGUUAACACUGAAGUUGGAGUUAUCCGUGAUAUACACUUAAAAGAACUUCGACUGUAUACAGACUAUGGUCGCUGUAGUCGGCCAUUGUUCAUUGUGGAGAAACAAAGAUUACUCAUAAAGAAAAAGGAUAUCCUAGCCUUGCAGCAAAGAGAAUACACCGAGGAAUUUGGUUGGCAUGAUCUCAUUGCAAAAGGAUACAUUGAGUAUGUUGAUACAGAAGAAGAGGAGACCACAAUGAUUUCAAUGACAAUAAAUGAUCUCAUGAAUUCAAGACUCCACCCAGAUGAGGCUUAUUCUGAAACCUACACGCACUGCGAAAUUCAUCCUUCACUCAUAUUGGGAGUUUGUGCUUCAAUCAUUCCCUUUCCAGAUCAUAACCAGUCCCCUCGUAAUACUUACCAAUCAGCAAUGGGAAAGCAAGCAAUGGGCAUAUAUGUUACAAAUUACCAGUUAAGAAUGGAUACACUGGGGUAUGUUCUUUAUUACCCUCAGAAGCCUCUGGUUACCACUCGAGCAAUGGAGCAUUUGCAUUUUAGGCAACUGCCUGCUGGAAUUAAUGCCAUUGUUGCCAUUGCUUGUUAUUCUGGAUACAAUCAAGAGGACUCCGUAAUUAUGAAUCAAUCCUCAAUUGACCGUGGAUUUUUUCGCUCUCUUUCCUUCCGUUCAUAUAGGGAUGAGGAGAAAAAGAUGGGAACACUCGUGAAGGAGGAGUUUGGAUGUCCAAACAGGGAAAAUACGAUGGGGAUGCGUCAUGGAUCUUAUGAUAAACUAGAUGAUGAUGGCUUUGCACCUCCUGGCACAAGAGUCUCAGGUGAUGAUGUAAUUAUUGGAAAGACUACAUCUGUUUCUCAAGAAGAAGCCCAAGGGCUCGCCUUGAGGUAUACCCGACGUGAUCAUAGUACAAGUCUGCGCCAUAGUGAGAGCGGGAUUGUGGAUCAGGUGCUCUUAACCACGAAUGCUGAUGGAUUGAGGUUUGUUAAAAUUCGGAUGAGAUCAGUUCGAAUACCUCAAAUUGGAGACAAAUUCAGUAGUAGGCAUGGACAAAAGGGUACAGUAGGAAUGACUUAUACACAAGAAGAUAUGCCAUGGACAAUUGAAGGCAUUUGCCCAGAUAUCAUUGUGAACCCGCAUGCCAUUCCCUCUCGCAUGACCAUUGGUCAGCUGAUUGAAUGCAUUAUGGGCAAAGUGGCUGCUCAUAUGGGAAAGGAAGGGGAUGCUACUCCAUUUACUGAUGUCACGGUGGAUAAUAUCAGCAAAGCUCUUCAUAAAUGUGGAUAUCAAAUGCGGGGCUUUGAGCGAGUAUACAACGGGCACACAGGUCGCAUAAUGGGUGAUCUGAUAUUCCUGGGACCAACUUACUACCAGAGAUUGAAGCACAUGGUGGAUGAUAAAAUCCACUCUCGUGGUCGAGGUCCUGUUCAAAUUCUUACAAGGCAGCCAGCUGAGGGUAGAUCGCGCGAUGGAGGUUUAAGAUUUGGGGAGAUGGAACGUGACUGCAUGAUAGCUCAUGGCGCUGCACACUUCCUUAAAGAGAGGUUAUUUGACCAGAGCGAUGCAUACAGGGUUCAUGUCUGUGAGUACUGUGGUUUGAUUGCACUUGCUUGUUUCAAGAAGAGUUCAUUCGAGUGCAGAAGUUGCAAGAAUAAAACUGAUAUUGUUCAGGUGUAUUUACCUUACGCCUGUAAGCUUCUAAUUCAAGAGCUCAUGGCCAUGGCGAUUUCCCCAAGAUUGUUGACGAAGGAAGUGAAUUUGCUAAAAGAACAGAGCAAGAAAGGGGCCUAA